AUGUCUACCCUGACGACUGAUGCACUUCUCGCCUCCCAUUACCCCGGUAUUAUCAUUCCACGCGAUGAGGACUCAAUAUCUUUCUCGCAUAUCCAAAUCAUCAGACUCGUCAACAAAUUCCAGCGUUCACUGCUCAAUAUCGACAUCCGCUCCGAUGACACGAUUGCCAUUGUACUCCCUCCAUCGAUGGAGUUCCUUGUCUCACUACUGGCAGCCACUUCCGGCAGCGUGACUGUCGCGCCCUUGGACCCGGAGUACUCCCAAGCAGACUUUGAAACCGUCUUCAAGGAGAUUCGACCGUCAGCGGUGCUGCUGGCUGCUGGAUCGUUGCGAGAACAUACGCCUGCCGUCGCGGCGGCUUUGGCUUGUCGAGUGCCCAUUGCUGAAGUGAGCUUCGAUCUCAAGUCCGUCACGGUCUGCGAGUUCAUACGAUUGGGCCGGCGGAGGAGUACGGAUGCGUCAGUCUCAUUCUCAAAGCCGAAUCGCAAUGACACCGCUAUACUUCUUCACCACAGCAGAGCUUCGGGCAGGGAGCUGCGAUGCGCGCGCUUCUCGCAUUCGCAGUCGAUUUCAAUCUGCCAACGGAUUGAAGCAGCACACAACUUCGGACCUGCCGAUCGAGGCAUGCUAAUCACGCCAGUACAUCAAGCUCAUGGUCUGUUCCUUGGUCUGCUCGGACCGCUGCUUGCCGGUAGCUCCGUGAUUAUUCCGAAAGCAUUCUCGGCACAAACGUUCUGGACGGACUGCAUGUUUGACUACGCUACAUGGUACACAGCGGAGGCGUGCACUCAGCAGGAGAUUGAGAAGUUGCCGUACCCACAACUCUUGUCCUCUGUGCGAGUCGUGAGCUCUGACAGGCUGGCUGAGAUCAUGGAGGAAUGUCUGCAAGAAACAGAGCCGGAUGACCAAGAAGACGAAGAGGCUGUUGAGAAAGACAGUCUAGCCUUGCAGUGCGAGGCUGGAACCACGCUGCAAUGCAUCGGACGAAGGUCAUGUAUGAAGGGAUCGAGUACGAGAUCAUCUGGGAAGAAGGUGCGGUUCGCCACCUUGGCCGAUGAGAUCCAGUCACGGGUGAUCACUUCUCCCGGAGUUCCGGACAUUCGGUCGAUGCUUCAGUCAUGGUUUGCGGUGCAGGCGUUGACGCAUUUGACGCAAGUGUAUAGUAGCUUCCAGCGGGUUCAGGUAUAG